UACAAAAUUUAGUCUCACUCUAGACUUCGUUGAAGAUAGACGUGUCCAACUGACUAGAGUUAUACGCAUUCGCAGUGAAUAAUUUCGUCAUAACAUUGUGAUAGUGACAAAAUCAUUUGGGACGUGAUAAGUGGGAGUGUUUAACAUUAUUGUUAAAUUUUAAGUACUAUAAACAAUUACUGAAGACGUUUCAGUGUUUUGCUGUUUUUGUGAAACUAUGACAUUGUUCCCUCUAUUUGGAUAAUUCCGGAUAAGGACUGCAAAAUUACCGCAAAUAUUUUUAACCACUUUGAAGAUUCGUGCGGAUCCAACGUCCGCCGAAACAUGGUCGCCGAGUUUAUAUUGAGCCAGCAGCAGCUGCUGGGCGGAGGCCCCGCCCUGGGCCCCGCACCGAGCCCCCAGCGCGUGCCGCCGCCGCCGCGCGCGCGCCUUUCUGUAUCACCGCAUUACCCCAUGGACCAAUCCCCUUCAUCCAACGGAUCGGCUGAGCAUCACGAAUUCGGAAACUCCUUCGAAUUUUCCAAAAGGAAAGAAUUCUUCGGGCAACGCAAGCAACGCGAGUUCAUUCCCGACAGCAAAAAGGACGACGGCUACUGGGACCGCAGGCGGCGCAACAAUGAAGCCGCCAAGCGUUCCCGGGAAAAACGCCGCUUCAACGACAUGGUGCUCGAACAACGCGUCGUUGAACUGUCAAAGGAAAACCAUGUGCUUAAAGCGCAAUUAGACGCCAUUAAAGAGAAAUAUGGAAUCUGCGGAGAAACACUCAUCAGCAUCGACCAAGUCUUAGCCACAUUACCGACGUGUGAUCAAGUCCUGUGUGUAACGAAAAGGAGUAAACUGACCAGCAAUGCUCUAUUCCCACCAGCACCACCCCCACCUCCCCCGAUUCCUCCAGCGUCUCCCCCAUCCCCACCACCACAACGCGCUCCUGAACAAUACCAGGAAAGACUUCCCGCUCCAGAAGCGUACUACCCUCACCCAGCACAUUAUGAACCUCCCGGUUCCGUUCUCAAUCUAUCAAGAUCGCGCCGUGCGCCAUCCCCCUACGAACUCUCUUCCCUAUCGGGCUCCGGCGACGAGACAGGCGAACAGUACGCCCCAGAGAACGCCGGCCUGCCACUCAAACUACGCCACAAAUCACAUCUCGGGGACAAAGACGUCGCCAGCGCUCUUCUCUCCCUCCAACACAUCAAGCAGGAGCCCGGCCCCCGCUCCUCACCUUCAUGGGACGGCGAGGGCUCCAGCGACGAGAGGGAUUCCGGGAUCUCACUGGGAGUGGAGUACAGGCCGCAGCGGCCCGUGAGUGACGAGAGGCUAGCGGAGGAGGAGGACGCGCACCUGAAGGCGGAGCUGGCGCGGCUCGCCACCGAGGUGGCCACACUCAAGAACAUGAUGCACCAGAACAAAUCGCGCACACUCGAGCACUGAGCGCCCCGCCCGCCUGCGCCUGGACCGCGCAGCGCCCGCGCUGAGUCGCCUCGGCUGCGUCUCGCGGUCGUGCCUCGCUCGUUUCGCGUCACGUGUCGAUCUUAUUCGUACAAACUGUCUCAACCUGCCCCUCCCUAGUAGUCGAAGUUACCACGAUGUAAAGAGAUGAAGAUAUAUAUUUGUAUGAUAUUGUGCAGCUGUACGCGGCUAAGUCGCAUCGCCUAAUCGUUAUCCUUCCUAGUAGUCGUAUUGAUAGGUUAGAGAUAGAUCCAUACGAGAGAUGCGUUCGCGGAGAACUCUGUAUGAGACUAAUAUUCGGUUUACGGAUUUUUCGAGCAGAUAAAACUCGUCUACUCACGAUAGAUUUAAAAAUGAUGCAUUUUUAGUGGUGAGCUAUGUAUAAUGUAACUGUAAUAUAAGAGAAGUAGAUCUGUUUCAUCUAUUCGAAGACUCGUUUGUGAAAAUCGAUGGCUGAAGACUAUGUUUUGUAUAAGUUAGAUGUAAGUCGAUGUAAGUAAGCUUAAGUCCAAUCUAGAUGUUUAUUUAUAAAUUUUUAUGUAUAGUCUUUUUCAUUCGGAAUGCCCGUUAUAUGAUGUUCCAAACCAAAAAAUAUGAUCCUCUAGCUGUCAGAAAUCGCAAACUAUUUGUAAGAUAAUCCUAUUGAAUUAAAUCAGAUAAGAAUACCAGUGCCUUUGACAAAACAUACCUACCUGUAAAAUAGCUCUAAAGUCUAAAUGUAAUAUUUUUGUACAUUUCUUAAAAGAUCGCGAUUUCAUAAUGUACCGUAUGCGAUUCCCUAACCAUGUGUUGCCAUCUCUAAUAAGUACCUAUUGAGUCGUUUAAAAUUGAUGUGACGCAUGGCGUUUUUUCUUUUUAGUCGAUGUUAAUGUCUUGAAUGUGUAGAUAUCGAUGUAUACCCAUGGUUUGGGAUGUGAGACCUAAGAAGGCUAUAUCAAGUAUUGCUGUCUUGUAAGUUACACUCCUGUUUGUCCUAAGGGCAUGUGAUAGAACUAAAGGAGUUUAAGUAUUUAUUUAUUCGGACCGUGAAAGAGGAUUUUACAAUUUAUUAUCUUUGUAUAAGAAACACUAUACGAUAUGAAUAAAUUGUGUACAUUACAAUUAAA